AAAAAAGGAGGGUCAGGAGCGUGUGCACUGAAAAACCCAGGGUUGUAUUCACCCAAACAGCCUAAAAAUAGUAUAGUUGCGAAAAAAUCAUUAACCUAAACCUGUGUUCCGAUUGAUAAAAUUCCCCCACGUAAGCGUAUGGAAUUUCUGUGUCCGGGGCUAUCGUAAUUCAUGGCAAGAUUGUGGAAGAGUUUUUGUUUGUUUGGUGAAGUUACUGAUUUGUAUGAUUGCCACAAUGCAUCAAAGCCCGUUCAACAAGCACAACGUACCCGUAUGGUCGCUCGGGCAUUUAUAUGGGUGCUUAAAAGGGCAGAUAGGCACGAAAUAUAAUCGCCAUUUCUCUCGGCUUCACCCAUAGAGUCCCCAAACACAAAAUCCUCCGAUAUGACUGUUUCAAGUAAAGUAUCGUCACCCUUAGAGACGUCAGUGGCCCAUCUUCAACGUCAAGCCAAACAUCGCCCAGAUGAGCCUCUCUUUGUAUUCCAUGAUGACAAUUGUAAUGUCAUUGAGAAGCUCACCAGCAAGGAGGUCUACCGAUGCGCACUCUCCAUUGCUGCUGACCUGCGAAAUGUUCUCGCACCCGGUGAUCGCGCCGUCCUUUUAUAUCCACCUGGCACAUCCUUCAUCACUGCGUUUUUCGGAUGCUUAAUUGCCGGUAUCGUUGCGAUUCCAAUGCCUCCAAUUAACUUUACCGAUACCCGUGACGAACAGCAAUGGGAUCAUUUAGCAAAAGUGAUUGAGACAUCUGGAAGCAAAGUUAUACUAACGGAUACCAUGUACUACAGGCUAUCGACAGCCUACCAGAUGAAAAUUAUGGUCAGCACACUUUCAUUUCGGUCGAAAUGGCCAAAGAUCCCGUGGCGAACCACCGACACUGUCGCCGUCCAAGACAAUAUCAGUGAAGCAAUCAUUGUGCCUUCGACUCUGGACGACACUGCCUUUCUCCAGUUUACCUCUGGAUCCACUUCCGCACCUAAAGGUGUCAUUAUGACCUACAGAAAUGUCGGACAUCAACUGGACGUCUCUCGGGACACUUUGCUAACCCUUCCAGGCGGGAGCUAUGUCUCAUGGAUCCCCCAUUGGCAUGACUUUGGUCUAAUCGGAGCCAUCCUGUGCACCGUGCACAACGACUCUACAUAUUACUUUACGUCACCAUUGACGUUUAUGCGAAAACCAAGUUCUUGGAUUGAACUCAUGUCGAGAUACCGGGCGACACACACCGCGGCCCCGACCUUUGCGUUUGAUCUGGUGGUCAGGAAAACGCAGCCCGAAGAACGACUGGCGUGGGAUCUGUCUGCGUUGAAGGUUAUCAAUAUUUCGGCAGAACCAAUUUCUUUUGACGUACUGCGAGGCUUUGCAGAUGCUUUUGAAGCAUCCGGGUUGAGACCUGGCUGUUUGGCUCCAUGCUACGGAUUGGCCGAGCACACAACGGGUAUUACAGUAUAUGGUUCGUCUGUGUUGUGUGUGGACAAGCAGACACUAGAAGAAAGCAGUCAAGUAGAGGUGCGGCACUAUAGCAAGGAUGGAUUGCACAAAUGCCGGACCAUACCUCUCGCUGGAGAUAAGCAGGUGAAAGUCUUUGUUUCAUCUGGUAAGCCGUACCGCGGUGUGACUGUUGCCAUUGUUGACCCGAUCUCGCGCUAUCGCUGCCCACCACUGACCGUUGGGGAAAUCUGGGUGGAUAGUUGGUCAAAGGCGCCCGGUUAUGACGGUCUGGCGGACGUCUCAACAGAAACCAUGGAGGCACGAAUUGCUGAUGACCCAGCAGAUGCCACGCCAUACCUUCGCACGGGUGACCUCGGUUUCUUUUAUGACGGAGAAUUGUACAUAUGCGGUAGAAUUAAAGAUAUGAUAGUUAUUAAUGGUCACAACAUUUAUCCACAGGAUAUCGAGGACAAGUUGCGGAACAACGUCCAUUCUGCUAUCCGGCCCGGAGGCCUCGCUUCUUUUGCUGUGGAAGGUUCCAAGUUUGGAGAAGAAGGUCUCGUUGUAUUUGUCGAAAUCAAAAAGGAAGCAAAUGACGGCGGCAAGAAAGGAUCGGGUGCCGCGUCUUCUGAUGCUUUGGGUCGAGACGUUGCCAAAGCAGUCCAGCGCGCUGUUGCGCGCGAGUUUGGCGUGCGUUGCUAUGCGGUGGUCGUUGGCCUUCCCGGUCUUGUGCUCAAGACCACAAGUGGAAAGGUUCGACGCCAAGCUUGUAAAAAAGAAUUUGGCACUGGCGCAAUUCACAAACUGAAAGCCACAAUUUUGGUUGAGCGGUUUGGAAAAUCUGACGAAAACAGCGAGAGACCACUUGUCUCUGAAGUCAGCGACUCAUUAAACAUUCCUGACCUUGUUCAAAGCCUCGACGCCCCGUUUCAAUCCAUUAUAGGAGAAUUGUCGACAAUGUUUGGAGGCAUGACGAAGCAAUCGCAUGACCGAGUCUUCCACCGUCGUGCAACAACAUUAUUGGGAACAUGUCAAGUAUUGGCCGAUACCGAUAUUCCGGCCAACGACUUUCUUAAACCUGGGGCAGAGUAUUCAGUAUUGGUCCGUCAUGCAAAUGGGGUAGCUGAUGAUGACGCUGCAACCGAUAAUCGCGGAGCAACUGUUCGGCUCUUUGACGCAAAGCACAAUGAUAUGAAUCUGCCCAGCUUGGACUUACUGCUGACAACUGGAGAGUGCUUUGUUAACGGAACUGCGGAGGAUUUCCGUAACUGGAUGCUAGCCUCCCUACCUGAAAAGGAACGCAUUGCAUCCGAUAACCCGCUUGUCAGUGAUGCGGCCUGGGCUGCAUUCAGAGAAGGAAUUGGAUCGUAUACUGAUUAUCAUUACUACUCGAAGACAUCAAGCAUACUGACUGAUGUCGAUGGGGAAAAGCAUAUUGUUCAGUUCCGACUGGUAGGGGAUGAGAAGAAUGUCAAUGCUGAUCCCGGGAGGCUUAACCCAACAAGCAUCCUUCCGCCAAAUCGUCCGGCUAUCCGUCAGCCAAACGACACCCGUCCCGCUGACUAUCUUCACGCCGAACUGCGAACUCGUCUCACAUGGGGACCUAUAACGUACUCUCUUCAAAUUCGUGUCCAUCCCUACUCGCGUGCCGCACCUUUAAACGCUCGGGCAUUGGAUGCAACAAUUCCAUGGCCCAAACAUCUUCAAUGGCAGACAGUUGGCCGAUUUACCUUGGACAGAAUAGUCGAUGACGAGCAGGCAGUGACGAAGCUCGCAUUUAAUGUAUUUCAUGCCCCUGCAGUCAUUCGUCCCCCAUUGACACGCUCGUCUCGGGAUCCUGCGUCCUUAGCCUUGACCAGAGCGAUCGUAUAUGAUGUGGCGGCUCGAACAAGAAGAGGAGAAAAGAUUCCAGAAUCUAUUGCUAAGCUGGCUGCUUCUCGUCCGGUUCAUCAAUCCCCGUCCAGGGCCGAGAAAAGUCAAGGAAAAUUGGAAGCGGUAGAGAAAUUAACCACAUUUGAGGUAUCUGUGAGCAAGUCUCCCUACAGCUCAUCAAUCUCUGCACCUUUGCCAUCGUUCCAGCGAACUACACCGCUUCGGGUCGCUGUUAUCGGUGCUGGACCCUCCGGACUCGCCGCAGCGUACGCUUUGCACAAAUUGGGCUACGCUGUAACAGUAUACGAAGCAUCCGAUCGCAUUGGCGGCAAGGCUGGUACCGUGAACGUGAAGGGGCUAGAUUUUGAUCUUGGAGGACACGUAUGCACUCAGAGGUACACCAAGACUUGGUCCUUGGUGCAAGAGCUUGGCCUCCCAACAGAAGAAGUUACCCCAGGCAAGAUCCUGAAUCCAAGCAACCAGACCUGGCGCACGAUUUACGAAGUAACUGAGAAGGAACGUACCCCAGCGUGGCUUCUGGAGGCUGCAUCGUACAUGAAGAUUCAACGGCAAUACUUCCCGGAACCUUUUCCGACUAGAUUGUCGGCAAAUGCAAAGUUGACAAACCUCACCGCGCCUGCAGCCAAUUUCCUGAAUAGCAACGGUCUUCCAAAUUAUCGCAAGGACAUUGAGAUCUUUUACUCCGGAUGCGGCUACGGCAUGCUCGAUGAGCCUGACCAUCCAGCCGCACAUCUGAUCAAAUACUCUGAACUUCUCGGACUGUAUGAUACUGUCGACACUCCCAGGCAAUGGACGGUGAAGGGAGGUAUGGGGAAACUAUUCGAAGCUAUAGCUAGCAAGUUGCCAGAUAUACGGCUAGCUUCCAGAGUAAAUUGGGUGCAGAGAAAGGACGGUCAGAUCUCGGUGCAAGCUGAAGGUCAGGAGCCCGCUACUUUUGAUCGGGUCAUGGUCGGUGUCUCUCCAAAAGUCUUUGAGUCGAUCUGUGCAGACGUUACAGUGCAGGAACGUGAGCUAUUCGAAAAUGUGCGAUAUCGCAAUUACUGGACAAUUAUCUUUACUGCCGAUGGUUUACCAAAGAAGGGAUUCUUCCUGUUGGAAAAUAACCAAGUGCAACAAAAGGAGGGUCAUGUCGUCGCAUUGCACCACCGUUACGAUGACUCGAACAUUUAUUGUGCAUACUCAUACGGCGCAGAGUCUCAUUCCGCAAAGGAUAUAGUUGCGUUCCUUCAUGAGGAUGUUGCCGAAAUGGGCGGAAAAAUGAUUGAGGUUCACGGAACGUAUCAAUGGGGUGACUACAUGCCUCAUUAUGGGCCAAAAGAACUUCCUACGAUGCAAAAGAAGUUGGAAGCAUAUCAGGGAACCAAAGGAACCUUUUUCCUCGGCGGGUUGUUGUCCUUUGAGUUAAUCGAAUGCAACGUUUCUUACGCGACUGGCUUGGUGGAACGCUUUUUUACUGGGUCCUUUGCAACAGCCCCCAAGGACGUACAGAUAACAAGCACGUCCAGUGGUACACCCUUGCAGAGCUUCCACUUAGAAAACAAUGAAGAACGGAAGCGCCGAUCAAUGGUGGAUUACAUUCGAUUGGUCCUGAAAGAAGAGUUGGGAGAUGAAGCCGUUGCUGAGAUCGGGGAUGAGGAUGAGUUCUCGACUUUGGGUCUAAACAGUAUCGCUGCUACUCGUAUGACCGAUCGUAUCUGCAAAGACACGCAGGUCACGAUUGCCCCUGUGACGCUAUUUGCCUUCCCGACCAUCGUGGCGCUUGCGGACCAUCUUGUUGAGCUACAUGCUGAUCAGAGCAUCGCGAACGAGGUGCCCGUCCCACUAUCUCACCCGGUGCCGCACAGUUUCCGUCAGAUGCCAAGUUUAAUGGUUGCUACGGCACAAAUACCCGAGAUUUCUGUGCCUGUAGACGUGAAAGACAGACCCUUGGACAUAUUGAAGAAGGUGUCGAGCGACCAGGAGCGUCGUCAGGCGCUCUGUACGUAUUUGCAGACCAUAUUACGCGAAGAGCUCGGGAGCGAUGCGCUGAAUGGAUUCGAUCAAGAAACCGAAUUUGCGUCGAUCGGGAUGAACAGUAUUCAAUUCUCGUCUUUAUCGAGCAAAUUAUCGACCGACGUUGGUGUAAACCUCGCACCGGUCACCUUCUUUGCUUUCCCAACAGUAACAGCCCUGGUGGACCAUCUGGCAGAAAUCGUAGAUGUUGGGACUCUUGAUAAGCCUGUUGCUUGCCACAAUGUAUCCUCUAGCCCAGUGACACCGCCGCCUAGAUACACCUCAAACACAUCACCCUCUCCAACAGUAGAUUCAAGGAGCACAGGAGGCUCGUACAUUCGUCACCGCAACCUGACACUAGAAACGUCUUGCCAUACAGCCUGCUUGGUUGACGUCUUUGUCCCUGCUACGUGGACCAGAACUGGCUUGCUCGUCGAUGUCAUCAGUCGCGGAUGGAACUCAAACGUUGCAGAAGUUGAUCGCAAGUUAGCCCUGUACGAUCAUCUUUGUCACAAGGGAUACGUGGUUGUUGCGGUCCGUGUUGGUUCCGGCCCAGAUGUCAACUUGGCUACGAUGGUGGCGGGCAUCAGGGCUGCAAUUCAAUGGACUACUACCACUUCUGCUCGGGUGGAGUUGAUGGGUAUCCGUAGUGACAACAUUGAAACCGUGCUUAUGGGCGAGCACACAGGAGGUUUUGUUGCCGCUUCUUCCAUUGGCCGCUUAAGCGCCACAGAAAUGGUCGAUCGUGUACUUCUCGUCCAGCCUACGGUUGACUUCCAAGUCCCUCCACAAAGUAGAUCGGGCGUUGCAUUCCCAUAUGAAACUUUAUCGGCUGCCAGCCUUUUGGCUCUGGAAGUGCCCGAAUUGGCCAAUAAACCGGAAAUCGCUCUCGUGGGUCAUUCUGGAAGCUGGUCGCUGCCUAUGAGAGACUUGUCUGAAUAUUCACGGAAAUUUGCUCGUCGUAAUGUCAUUGCCUUCUUUGGCGCUGUCGACAGCCAGAUGUGUAGCUCGGAGAGUGCAUUGGAAUGGUUGACCGAAAAAGACCGAACGGUCACUACAAAAAGGCUGGCGAAGAAACAAUCCACCCCAACUGCACACUCAACGGCCACUGUCCAAAGAUUACCUGCAAGCGAUAAAUCACUCCUCACAGUAGACCACGCGGUCGCUACCAAAACACAACUUGUCCCUCCAAGAACACCUCCUCCGAAGAAUUCACUAAAACGGAGAGUUCCAGAAUCAAUUCAGGCAUGCGAUGGAUGGUUCCUUAUAACACCCAGUCAAGUAUUGCCACCUAGUGUUCGCCUUCUAGUCCUUCACGAUGCUGGGGGUAGUGCCGAUCUCUAUUCAAACUGGCCAUCCCAGGUACCGCAGAGCUUGGAACUCGUUCGAAUCGAGCUCCCAGGACAUGGGCAACACCGUGGCGAACACUUCACCGACGGAAAUGCACUUAUCGGGGCAUUGCUCAAUGUCUUGGAACCAAUGCUGGCCGAUGGCAUGCCAUAUGCCAUUUUUGGACAUUCUAUGGGCGCAGCGCUCACCUUUGAGCUCACCAAAGCGAUUUAUGAGCGGAAAUGGGCUAGCCCCUUGAUGAUCUUCCUUUCUAGUUACCCGGCAUUCAACGGUACCGAUUAUAAAAUGGCGAUAGAGCACAAAGCCGAUAGAUCGGUUCUGUUUUCUUUGGCGGCUACUAGAACAGAUGUAUGUCUCCCUAUCCCUGUAUGUGCAAUGGGAGGUGAGGAGGAAGCGAUGAAGGGACUUUUGCCCUGUCUCUCAGCGUGGCGAAAACGAACGACUGCGGCCGGCUACCGAGGAUUUUCUGUGAAACUAUUCCCUGGAAACCACUUUUACGUCGCCGGUGCGGCUAGAGACGCUGUGGCUGAAUAUGUUUUCAAGCGGGUUUUCGAUGCAUUGGAAAUGCGUGACCGAUCAGCGGUUCCUCCCGAACGAUAUUUCCGAAUGAAUGACCAGCCUGCGGAGAUGCAGAAUGACAUAAACCCGUCCGUGCAAGCUUUGGCUCAGUCCUGGCGACGAAACCCGGCAUCUAUUACGUCCACUCAGGCUUUCUAUUCGUUAGCGUGCAUUGCCCGGCUUCUUGACGAUGAAACCGGCAGACCCAUCUUUGCAAACGGUUUGGAAGUUGUUUUGGGGAUGCUAAACGAGGAUGGAUACGGCUUCAUCCAACCACAGCCGCUUGCGGUGGCUAACUGUGCAGCAGCCCUGGCUGUUGCAAACACAUUGAUGCUUCUCAACAGAGAUGAGGAGCAUAACGCAGGCUUCGAUCAUAUGGACCGUCUGGUAAACUAUGUGUUUGACGAAUUGGCCAAAGUGAGGAGCGCAAAGAGAUUGAAAAAGAGCGAUUUACCUUACGGAAAAUACUUCGAGUUUUCCGACUUCUUGGCGAUAAACCAUACCUUUUAUCACGAAGGUGCCUUAUUUCUCAAACUGGCUUCCGAUUCUUUGUGCCCCCAGGACAAGCGUCGUGAACUGGAAGUUUCCCUCAAGUCGGUAGCGUACGUUAGGAUGGCAUACGGGAAAGGAGUUGACUUGAAAUCCUUAUUUGACACGAAUCACACUUUAUUGUGGUUUGCGCAUUACUUCAAAGACGGUACCUUGUCUAGUUCCGCUGCUCGGUCUCAUGCGGCUGCCCGUAAAGUUGUCGGCUGGAACGUUGCUUCCACAGUGAAAUUCUAUGAAGAGACCAAAGACUCAAAUGCUCUGCAAACGCUUCGCACGAUGAUGAAAAGGCCACAUGACGGCCUGCAUCCGGAUAUGUACCUUAUGGAAACCCUGUUCAUUUUCUAUUAUCUCCGCCGCGGCGGUGUCGACCUCCUCGCAGCAGGGUUUGAAGAUGAACUGCGCUACCUUGCGUCCUGUCUGGAACCAGACGGCGUUGGUAUCUUUGAAGAUCUGGGUCUCAAAGACGUGGAUGUGUCCGCAUUGGCCAUAUACCUGUUGCAGAAUACUCACAUUCCUUCCCGUAUGCGGGUUACCGGUUUGGAAGCAUUUUGGAACGAGCGAUAUGGAUUUUACGAAAAUUUCGAAAGAUCGGACUUUUUCGUGACGGCGAAUCAUAUGCACAUCCUCGAAGCGUACUGCACGGCGCCGGAUGAUCAUGUUUCGUUCGAAGGCAAACUGAAAAUUUGGCAACGCAUCACGGGCCUUCUUAAAACAAGGUCAUGGGGAGAACAUAACCACCUGUCAUCCCUAUACAUUUGGGAAAGGGUUGUCUCGUGCAUUUACACAUAUCAGCACCUGUUCCCCGAUGACCCUGUAGACGUACACAAAGUUGCCUUGGAACUCAUCCUUCAGUUGCAAGACGAGCAAUCAGGGGGAGUUGGCUCGGCGGCCUUAAACGGACGGCCAAAUAUGGAGGAAACCGGAAUGGCUCUUUUGGCCAUUCGAAGUGCCCUAAGAAGCAAAGGAGGUUUAGAGGAAAGCCUGCGGAUCAAAUGUGAACGAGCGCUCAGGAAAGGGAAGAAAUAUCUCCAAAAAGAGUGGGACAAAUGCAGCAAGGAGGAAAUUCCCAUGUUUGAGGCGCUGUGGCCUGGAUACCUGGCAUUCUGUCCGACAAAUAUCGUUAAAUCGAUCAUUGUUUCAAGUCUGCUGGAGUGAUAGACUAGAUUAUUCACGGGAUAGUUUUGGACGGGUUAGAAUAGGUGGGAUUCUGCAUCGAGGUGGAGGAACUGUUUGCACAUAUAAUAGGCAUUGAAAAAUUCAAUAUG